GAAGAUUUACAGCCACCCUAGUUGCAGCUCAGUGAACUGGCUGGUGCUUCAGUAAAGUUACAGUUCAGCUUUUACAAGCUCCGUUUGAAGUCUUUUUCCUAAAAUGGAGAAGUCAGUGCACCAUCUGCACACGGGACUGUUUUUUCCUCUCACGGGAGCAGAAGACUCACACACUGCGUACAGCACAGUAUAUCAGUCCACUUGGAUCUCUAGAGGACAUAAAAGGGAAAAAAAACAGAGAACUUGUGCUUUUCAAUCACAGCCUGCCUGUACGGAAAUGUGUUUUUAUCCUCUUCAGCAUUAUCAAAUGACACCAGAGAUUGUGGGAAAUAAGUAUGUGAAGCAGUUGGAAGAUAACCAUGUCGAUGUUUGGGAAAGUGAAGACGUGUAACUCUGCCGCAGCUGCUGACAGAAGUCCAUCCGAGUGUAACCUGGUGCUGCUCGGUGUGAUGGGCUCCGGGAAAUCAGCACUGACUGUCAAAUUCCUCACAAAGCGCUUCAUCAGUGAAUAUGACCCCCAUCUGGAAGAUAUCUAUUCAUCAGAGGAGAGGGUGGACCAGCAGCCAGUCACAGUGAGAGUGAUGGACACCUGUGACCAGGAGGGUCCAGUGAACAGUGAGCGUUAUCUGACGUGGGCCAGCGCCUUCCUCGUCAUCUACAGCAUCGACAACACGGAGAGCUUUAAAGGCUGCCAGCUGUACCUGCAGACGCUGGCUCUACACAACAAAACCUUCAGGCCACAAACUCCCAUCAUCCUGCUGGGGAACAAGCUGGACAUGGACAGACACAGGCAGGUGAGCCGGUGUGACGGAGAGCUGCUGGCGUCUCGUUUUGGCUGUUUGUUCUUUGAGGUGUCGGCCUGUCUGGACUUCCUCUCUGUGCAGCGCGUCUUCCAUGAGGCGGUGAGGAGGGUGAGACGUGGUGGGCAGCGUGGCCGUCUGGUACCGGCCGUCCUCAUCAGCGAGGACAAAGCGCUGCUUGAUGUCCCCACCUUCACCACCCCCUGCUACAAGGAGCUGCCGGCCCCCGCCACCGCCAAGCUGGUCACCGUGAAGACAUCCAGAGUGCAGAGCAAACGGAGGGCCGCCACACUCACCCUGCUGAAAGGCUUCAAGAUCUUCUAACUUUACAUUGGAGUUAAUGGAAAUCCCGGGCCGGGGACAAAGCGUUGGCAUUUGAUGCCCUGGGAAUUCCCAACUCUCCUGGAUGAUGUAACAACCCAACAUAUUUAUGUUCUGACCACUAGUUUGACUUAUGAGUAAACAGGUUUUAUCUGUCAUUUUGACUGACAGCUAUCAGUACUACAAUCCCCAUGAGCUGGGGCCGCUGUUGCCAUGGAGAAGAAGCCAGCCCAGAAUUGUAGUAGAUUCAAAAUGCCUCGUCACAGUUUUGAACAAAACAUGUCGCCAUGCUUCAUUUAAACUGAAGAUUGUCAAAUCUGUUUUCUCAGCACCAUAACCUUUAACUCCCGCCCACCGUUAGUAGCUGACAUGACAGAAUUUUAAGCUCUGUGAUUGGAAGGUUCUUGCUGAAAUGGUUCUUGUACCUCUGACUUUUUUUUAUCAAAGAAUCAGAUACUUUCAAACGUAGUUGUUCAUCUUUUGUAGUGAUGAUUUAAAUAGAGCGUCGACCCAACUGUCACCUGAUAUUGUCAAUGGGAAAAAUGAAUGGGACUUUUACUCAAAUAGAGAAGCAAAGUCCUGCCCCUUCUGGUGGACACCAUGGGACCUUAUUUUGGAAAAAAUAUGAACGGUAGUCAACGGCGAGAGAUAAAUACUUUUUAACCCCGUUUGAAUUACACCAUGAAUCACACAUAUGAUGUUUGUACAUUUAAAAGAUAAUUUUGCAUGUCAAGAAAGUCUCAGUUAAUCUACAAACAAACCAACAGACCAACGACGGUGAAAACAUAACCUCCUUCCUAGGCCUUCAGUCUGACGGAGGUAAAAAUAAUUGCUUAAAACAUGUAAAAAGACUGAACUACAGUACUGAACUGUGUAGUUAAACUGUUUUUCACCAUUUUUGUGUUCAGGAUAUUUUGGGCGGGCUUGAAAUCAUGGCUCGAUGACCCCACUGCCAUCCUGAGCAUAACCCCUCCUCUAACACUAUAUGAUAACUAGAGCACAUAGCAUCAGUGGUUGUCCCCCUCUCAGUCGCCAGUUACAACACUUCCUCACCACAGCCAGUGGUGUACUGGCCAUCUGGCAUACGGGUCAAAUCCUAGUGGACCGUCAAGACAUCCAUAAAGGUUUUACUGGUGGUCCAGGUCCAGUCCCGUCUGUCUCUCUGUGUUCCUGUCAUUCAGGGUGUGCAUGAGAACAUACUGCGUGUUCCAGGUCUGCGCUCACUGGCCAAUCACAACCAAGCUAGUUAAACUUGUGCUUAUGUCGGUGGAUACAUAGUUUUAAUGACUCGUUUCACUAUCAGAAUCUGAUCGAUUUGGUCCGAUAACAUUUGGAAAGUCUAGAAGAGUCUCACGAUUUAAUUAUUUUAUCCCCCUUCAAGUAAGCAUAGGGCUAACCGGAAGUUAGCUGGCUCGGCCGGCGGAAGUCUCUGUUACACAUGCUCUGCCAAUAGAGCAUGCACGUUAAUAGUUUUCAAAAGUCGUGUUCAGCAUUGGAUGGCCAACAACGUAUAAAGUGUUGUAUAUACUGUUCUUACAUAAUCAACCCUGACCCGUGAUUGGGUGAGGUUUCAGCGCCUUCAGCAGCCUUCAUUGUGCCUGCCAGCGUUUCAGAGCAGAGAAUACUGCUUAUUUUUCCAUGAUUUUUAAACCUCAUUUUAUACACUGGGUGAUUAUUUUAUUCAUUCAAAUUUGGCUGGGUGGUUAAUAAUACAUUUUUCUGUGGUGUGACAAA